AGCCAGUUUCAGUGAGUUACUCUCAUCUCUCUGUCCGGCACCAUGUCCUACAACUGCUCCACAAAGACAUACUCUUCCAGGCUGAUUGGAGGACAAUGCACUGUCCCGGUGGCCCCAGUUGCCACAGUUUCUACCCCGGAUGUCAACUGCCUGGGUGGCAUUUAUUUGCCCAGCUCCUUGCAAACUGGCUCCUGGCUCCUGAACCACUGUCAGGAGACCUGCUGUGAGCCCACUAUUUGCCAGCCAACUCCUUGUGUCUCCAGCCCCGUCCAGGUGACCUGCUCUCGGCAAACCACCUGUGUCUCCAACCCCUGCCCAGCUCCCUGCAGCCGGCAAGUCACCUUUGUCUCCAGUGGCUGUCAGCCCCUGGGCGGCAUCUCUACUGUGUGCCAACCAGUGAAAAGCGUCUCCAGUGUCUGCCAGCCUGUGGGAGGAGUCUCCACCAUCUGCCAACCAGCCUGCGGGGUCUCCAGGAUGUACCACCAGUCCUGCGUGUCCAGCUGCCGAAGAAUUUGCUAAGCGAGCAGGAGCCUGGGAGCAACCAAGCCUUCAUGACCUGCCAGCUGUGUUUCCAGUAUCUUCCAACAUGCUGCCUGUCCCCGAAUAACUCUUCAUUGCUCACCCCUGUUCUAACUGCCUGAUUGCUUGCUGCCAGCCCUGAAUAAGCUGCCUUUGGCAAUCUAAGAUUUUUCUGGCCACCACCAAUCUUAUUUUAAGGGUUUGAUCACUGGUGGCAUGUAUACCUCUGGAUGUUUCCAGAAAUUUACCACCCACACCCCAGUCUCUAAUGGUUUUGGCAUGUUUUGAUCUUGCUGCUUUGUCUUCUGGCUUCUGUUUGUGUGCCUUGGAAAAAGGGAACUCGCCUCGCUCUGUAUUUCUCAAUAAACUUUCAUUACUUGGCAUUGCAAA